CGAAGUGCCAAGCUCGUGCAUAACUCGACGUCCAGGCAAGCAGACCGACCUCGCCGGGUGCAUUGGCAGCUCCGAUAUAGCAAUAAAAAAACACGAGAAUUCCAUAAUAAAAUUAAAACUGUUGCGGGCAUAAGCCACAUAACUCAUACGCCCCUUAUGGCAGGAUUUUUAUAUGCAGUGGAAGAACGAAGUGCACGCAUAAACUGCUACUGUACGUAACUGCUAUGUGGACGCAGUCGUAUAUAUGGUAGAGCCAACAUUUAAUAAACAGAAUACCCAGGAGGCAGGAACUAAGUGAAAGUUAAGCUUCAGUUUGCCACUCGACGAGAGCCGUAUUUAAGGAUUGGCAACUUCUCAGAGAGUAGUGUGUAUGUUUCCCCAUUUCUUUGUUUUCCUGGUUCCACCCACAGCCCAGGACCCACAGCCCAUACCCACGACUGCUGGGAGGGUUCAUUGACUACCACUAAAGGUGGAGCGAUACGGAUACGAUGAAGUCAUGCUGCCGCUUGUGAGAAAACCCCCCCUGCAGUGGGAAUAGGGGAAUGUGUUGCUUCUGUGCUCUUCUCUAAGCGAGCAAAACGAAAUGUGCCAGCCAUAAGCUAUAAGAAUAUAAUAUCAACAAAAACAACAAAAAGGACUUGCAAAAUGCAUCAAGUACUCAGCUACGAGACGGCUGUGCGGGCAAACAGUUCCCGCGAAUACCGUGAAUAUGUCUCAAAGCGAACGUGUGCCUCUCUGGUUCUGACAAUUGCCUUCUUCAUGCUGAUAACGGGGUACUUGCUGGGAAAUUUUGUGUCGGAGCGAAAGCACCACAUUCUGCAGCUGACAAAGAGUGUAAUCAAGGAUAUAGAUGGGGAAAGAUCCGUUCAAAUGAACAACGCUGAUUAUGCCAGCCUGCAGGAGCUGCAAGCAUAUCAAAAGACCAAGGAGCACAUAUUGGCCGCCGCCCAGGUGCUCAACAAACUGCAGCAGCAGGACGAAGGCGACACAUACUUGGCCACCUCGCUGAACACGGAAAUCUUCAACAAGUACAUCUCCUGCACUCAGGACAUCCCACCAAACACCACCAUACCAGCCAGUCAGUUUAUCGAGCAACUGAUCGACAACACUGUGGCCAGGCAGCGGCACUGCAUGCGGAUCAUUCAGGUGGUCAUCGACAACCAUCUGGACAACAGUCAGCUUUAGGGGAAUGAUUUAAGAACGGAAUAGGGGUCCAAUAAAUGGCUGAAAUCAUUCACAGGUGUGCUUGUGCUUAGGUGUGUGCUCAGAAAUGCAAUAUUGUUUCAUCUUUGUCUCACAUACACAUACAUGUAUGUAUGUAUAAACAUCUAUAGUUUUAUAAGACUUUUAUACUCGUAUAUGUACAGUAGGUGUAUGCAUUUACAUUGGUGUAUUUAAAGCGAGAAGCGUACUUGAAUUCUCUGUAUUGGUGUUGAUAAUAAAACAAAACGUCUU